UUUGUUUAACGUCGCCAUGAAGUUAUUUUUUAGUGUGGUAGCCCUUCUCGUAUGCCUAACUAGACAAAGUUUUGGCCAAUUGCAAAAUGAGCAGGUGCUGGCAGUGCUGAAAGCUAGCGGAGAUGAUCCAAAAACUCCACUGCUUGUGCUUUCAAAUCCCACAGCAAGGCCAACAUUUGGAGAGUCAAUAAAAUCGGAGCAGGAUAUUGAGACCACACUACUUCCAGAUCCGGCAACCACUAUUUCACCAGCCAGUUUUCCAACGGCUUCCAUAGAGAAGCGGAAGAAAAAAACAGGACCUUCUCAGAAGCAGAAAGCUGGCCUGAAUCAUGAACCAAAACAGACAUUUUCCGUGCAGAACCUAUUGCAGAUGCCCGGAAUGUGGGAGAGCUCCCCAAUUAUUGACCAGGGACCAAUGAAUACCCUAUCCGCCCAACCAGUCUUCUAUCCUUUUCCAGUUUAUGUACCAUAUCCGAUGCCGUUAAUGAUGAACCCACAGAUGCACCUGAUGAGCAGACCGUCGAAGGAUAAAGUGGAUGACGAAAUCUCUAUGGGCUCCAAUGAGAUGAUGAGCGCAAAUCUACUUAGAAGCUCUUGCCAGCCAGACAACGGGUCUGCUUGGCAGAAGAUUAUCAAGAAUCGAGUAAAACCAGUCAUCCAGGAUGGCCAGAAAAUUUGGAGAGGAAAAUGGCGAAAGUCAACGACAACUUCUACUUCUUCUUCUACUUCUACUUCUACAACUACCACAACUGAAACUCCUGGCACAAUGCCAACUGAGUCAAUAUGAUAGCUGUCGGAUAGCAGAAACCAAAGCGAUACUACCAAUGAAAAGAAUUAG